CUUCAUCAGCGGUGGUGACUCAGUUAGAAAGCAGUGCAAAAGAAAAGUGAAAAAAAAUUUGUGAGAAUCUGUAAUUUGCCCUGUCAAUUUUUAAGCUGAAUUAAUUUAUUAAAAAAAAAUUAAUUAGCAAACUGAAAUAAACAAGAAUUUACACAUAAAAACAAUAAGUGCAAUUUAUAUUAUAGAAAAAUUAAAAAUUUUUAGUGAAAGAUACUAGCAAAAGGCCAACCAAAACAAGAUUUUUUUACAAAAAAAAAAAUUGAACAAAAAAAAAUACAUCCACAGUGAGACACCAAAAAGCAUACGCAGGCGAAAAAAAUAUCGAACGAACUGAAAGAAGCAAAUAGCCCAGCCCAGCUCUGCUCUGCUACAAAAAACUUCAAGCAACGUCAAACCUUAUAUUUUUUUGUAACAAUUCCACAGAGACAAGAAAAAUACAACAGCAACAACAACAAUAAUUGCCAAAGAAGAGGUCAGCAAACUUCUCUAUGUAAUUACAACUGGAAAAUUAUAAUUAAAUUGUAGAAAAACUUAAUUGGUAAUAGAAAAAAAAAAAGAAAGAAACGGCCGAAAAGGGAAUCAAAGAUAAGAGGGUCGGCAGCCAGGAGUAACAAAAAAGCAUUUAUACAUUUUUUAUACAACUAGUAAAUCGUAAUUUUUUGUAAACAUGUCAUCCGGAGAUUUUGGCAAUCCCUUGCGUAAAUUCAAAUUGGUCUUCUUGGGAGAACAAAGUGUGGGCAAGACUUCUCUGAUUACACGUUUCAUGUAUGACAGCUUCGAUAAUACGUAUCAGGCCACCAUUGGCAUUGAUUUCUUAUCCAAAACCAUGUACUUAGAAGAUCGCACGGUACGUUUGCAAUUGUGGGAUACGGCUGGACAAGAACGUUUCCGUUCAUUAAUACCUUCCUACAUUAGGGAUUCCACAGUGGCUGUAGUCGUCUAUGACAUUACCAAUACAAAUUCAUUCCAUCAAACCUCCAAAUGGAUCGAUGACGUACGUACCGAACGCGGCAGUGAUGUCAUUAUCAUGUUAGUUGGCAACAAAACUGAUCUCUCCGACAAACGGCAAGUGUCCACCGAAGAGGGUGAACGCAAGGCCAAAGAAUUAAAUGUCAUGUUUAUUGAAACAAGUGCCAAGGCUGGUUAUAAUGUUAAGCAAUUGUUUAGACGUGUAGCGGCCGCACUGCCCGGUAUGGAUUCAACGACAGAGAAUAAACCUUCGGAGGACAUGCAAGAAAUAACCUUAGAUACACAAAAAGAAACAAAAGAUCCUGAAGGAGGCUGUGCCUGCUGAAUUUAAGUUUACUUUUAUUUCCGCUAAAAGAAAAAAAACACGAAAACAAAACUUAAUUAUUAUUUUUUUGUCCAAUCAUUUUUAUUAACGAUUUACAAUUUGUCUGUCCCACUUAGAAACGAAAAAAUUUAAGAAAAAAAAACAACUCCAAAUUAUCAAUACAAUACAAAACAUAUGAUGAUGACAGUAUGAUUUCAAAAUGUUUGUAUUAGUAUUUAGAAACAACCAAAACCAACACUGUCUAAACAAAGUUUUCAUUUAAAACAUUGUUUAUUAAAAAAGAAAAUAUGCUUAAUUUCAUUAGUAAAGUAGCUAAAACAAAAACCAACAACAACAACAACCAAUCAUAUAUUUCAAAAUACAAAAAAAAAAACAUGAAAAUAAUUGGAAUACAUUUAAGAAUGUAGCUGCGUUUAGGUGUGUGUGCUUGCUUUAAUUUUUUCAAAUAAUUUUGAAUUUAAAAACAAAA